GUAACAUUUUCCCAUGACACCGGCAAGAUGUCCGCCACCACUGACUUGUUGCGUUUCGUCGAUUUUAACCAAGUUUUAUGACCAACAGUAGCUGGCUGUUUGAACUGUUUUACAGUGACAAAAUGAAAAUAUACUUGACAACAUGGGGUAGAUGAUGGUGAAUUCGAAAACCCCAUUAAUCAGCCGAUUGACUCAAUUUCUUAGUGAAGUGCUUCCAAAGUGGAAAAGUUUUAGUUUUAGCGACCAAAUGAAGACCAAGAAUUUCUACAUAUGUCUCCUAUUCAUAGCUGCUACUUCCACCUCCAUAUGGCUUCUAUCCAAUCCUUCUCCAAACCUGCACACCAUAGUCUCACAGACUCACAAACAGAUCAACAACAUCAAAAACAUUCCGACCAACAUCAGGACAUCCAACGAAGAGGAGCUCAGAGUCGAUCAUGUCUAUCUGGAUCGACUUGGAUUUUAUGACAAGGAUGCCAAGGUGGUUGGUAGUGACGUUAAAGAAUCACCGAUAAUUGGAACUUCAGCACUGCCUGGUCACUACGAAGAAACUUUGAAGUUUGUUAAAUCAACCCAAAAAAUUCUUCCGCAACAAAAAAUUUUGAUUUAUGAUCUUGGAAUUGGGACAACAGAAUCUCAACAGAUGAUUAAGUUCUGUAACAAGACAAGGACAUGUACUCUUAAAGUGUUUCCUUUUGAUAAAUUUCCUUCACAUGUGAGAUACCUGGAUACUAGCAGUUAUAGGCCCUUGGCCAUACAGGAGACCCUGAAAGAAUUCGGAGCUGUGAUAUGGCUGGAGCCACCCGAACACUUCACAACUAGCAAGCUAAACAAGGUGUUAGCACAGGCAAGAAGGAGGGGAAUAGCAGCCUGGACCAUACAGGAGCCGGCCUCUGCUCUAAUUCACCCAAAGAUGUUCAAAUAUUUCAAAACCAAGCAGGAUAAUUAUUAUUUUUUAAGGGCAGCGAAAGCCAACCAGUUGAUUAUUUAUAACACUGCAAAGAUAAGACAGGAUUUAAUGCUGCCUUGGGCUAAAUGUGCCCUAACAGAGGAGUGCAUCAACCCCACAGGUGCUCAAAACUUUGGCUGUAACUAUGACCUUAAGCCCCGUUUUAGGUAUAUGGGCUGUCACAAAUAUGAUAUGGCAGCCUUGAAUGUUAUUCUGGGAAUAAUGUUUGACUUUUCCGAGUCGCCGUAUGAAGUGGAAGAAGAAAUAUUCGGUGUUUUAGUUAUGGAACAGAAUGGGAACUCAACUUAUCCACGAUAUGUUACCAGGGACAAACUUACUCAGAUUAGAUAAUUUUAACUAGUAUAUGAUAUAACAAACUAUGUAUUAAUUUAAAAAGAUUGAGCAAAAAUAGCCUGUGCAAGUUUUGUUCUCAGCAUGACAUGAGGUCUUGGGUAGUAACUUAGUAAGGUUUUAACUCUUGAUGGUAUUAAUUAGUGCUGAAUUCCUUGAUUUGUACUGGAUAUUUUUGUAAGUGGGGUCCUUUUCAGGAUUUAUGGAAACUUUCUGCAUAGAUUGAAUAGAAUGUCUGAAAAUUGCUAGGGGCAUCUUAAUGUUUAUGCUUCAAAAUGCUAUAGGGAUGAAGGCUUUGAAAUACACUGUACCUGGAAAAUAAGAGGCAUGUUCAGGAUGGCGAGCAUUAACUGAAGCACUUGCAUAACAAGAUAUCAUCUUUACGUAUUAGUGGGUGAACUUGAUUGCACUCAGAAUGGCGAUCUCCAGAAUAUAUAUUGCGCGCUGCCUUUAAUUUAAUUUCUUAUUACAGUGAAUACUCACCACUAGAGCAAAACUAUCAUCACUUAUUCAAUAGAAGUCAUCUUACCAGAAUGAUGACUUAGAGCUUCUUUUUUUAUGAACAAUUCCAACAUAACUCUCUCAUCCUCAUUUUUUAGUGCCAACCUCUCCAUCGUAAUUACAAUUUAUUCUAUUUUGUAUAUGAUAUGAACAUUAUCUCAUGAACAUAACGCAUUAAAUUGUUUUAUGCAUAUGAAUUAGAUUCAGAAACUAGCUUACAACAUAAAUCUUUCUCCAUUUCUAAAGGUCACAAGCUGUUAAGAGCAGGAAAGAAAUUAAUCGGCAUAAAUAGGUGCACACAUGGAUGUGAGAAAAAUAGGGGGGGGGGGGGGGGGGCAUAGAAAAUUUAGUGAACAGGUGAGAUUAUAGAAAACGGGAAAGUUCAUGGCAUAGUGCCUAGUCUAAAUGUGAUGCCAUGCAUUUAUAGCUACUUAUAGGGCAAAUGGACAAUCAUUCUAAUCUCUUCGAUAUUAUAAUAAAGUUCUGGACGCACACAAAAAUCAAUGAAUUUUCCUCCCUUGUAAGUUCAUUGGCAACAAACACUAGUAUUUAGGUGGAGAUAGGAUAGUUGUAUUUGCUGACAAACUGGCCCUCUGAGUAUGUGUAGGUAUGCCGAGACUUGUAUGCUUGUUUAGAAUUGAUCUCUCAUUGUUGCUUGCGAGUGCUCUGUGUUCUGAAAACGUCUCUAAAUUAUGUUCAUGUUAUUGUUGGUACUUUACAAAAACCGACAAUCUUCUUGGCAUUACUAAAUGAUUAUGAUACAGAUUUUCCCUAAAGCAGGUUUCAUUAUUAGAUAAUUAUAUACAUGUACCGAGCUUAAUAUUGAUAAUGAUUUUUCAAGUCUUUGUGAUGAAACUAAGGGUAUUGAUAACAUAUUUAUUUAUUAAGUUUUAAUAUGAAAAGUUAAGUUCAUUGCCACUGUAAAUCACUUAGAUUUUGCGAGUAAUUCUUCAGACAUAUUAGCAAACACAUACUUUUGUGAAUGCUUAAUUAUAAUUAGAGUAAUGGACUCCUUAAGACUCCUUUAUCUUUAACUGAUAGCUUAGCCGCCAUGCAAAGGUGUUAUUUUUAAUACAAAUCACGGAAGGAUUUGAAUUUGCGAUUGACUCUCCUAUUGCAAAAAUACAUCUGACGCAAAAUAUAAGUGAUUUACAGUACUCACCAGUUGAUGUAUAAAAUUGUGUUUCUUUUUACACCAAAGUCAUGUAGUACAUUUAUUUGUAUUGUAGUAAUUUUAAUAUUCAGAGUCAACAACAUCAGAAUUUUAUUAUAUAAUGAUGUCACUGUUUCAUUUUUUUUCUGCUUUUAUCUUGAACAUAUUCUUUAACCCAUUGAAUCAUUCAGGGAUGAAAAUGUUCAGCCGAUUGGCUGAUUUCAGCCUUUUUGAGAAUAUCAGUGUAAUGUAAACUUGUAAUUUUUCCCAUUGAAAAGAUUGAGUAAUCUAAUUUUCAGCCUUUUUGCCCUUAGUCCAUUUUCAUCUCUGAUCAU